AUGCUGUCGCACGGACGCGCGGCGACGCUCGACGCGCCGGGGUCGACGUACGUCGUGCCGGAGAGCGCGCGACGACGGCUGGUGGAGGAGACGACGCGGGCGAUGGAGGAAUACGAACGCGCGACGUCGGCGCCGCUGCGAGUCGUGGCGCUGGGGCGGUCGGGGGUGGGGAAGAGUCACGUGCUGAACGGGCUGCUGCGGGAGCUGGCGAGUCGAGGCGACGCGCGAGGAAGGGUCGGAACUGGCGGCGCGAACGGGAAACUGACGCUGACGAAGAUGCGAGAUCACGAUGAACGCGCGGAGGAGGCGGAGGAGGAUAAAGCGCGAGCGAUGGAGGACGAUUGGGAGGACGAGGGGGGGGCGGCGUUGGACGCGAACGCGAGCGCGUUCGCGCCGCCGCCGCCGUUGGAUCGAGACACGAGCGCGGCGGUGUACAUGCCGAGACACAUGCGAGGAAGAGAGAUACGGGGGGAUGCGUUCAAGGAUUCGGAGGCGGACGCGAUUCGCAAGGAAAAGCUCAAGGAGGCGGCGAAGAAGGCGCAGAAGAAGGGGCAGAAAGUCAAGCCGAGUUACGUCUUGUACAAGGAGCAUCAGGAGGCGCGCGAUAAGGAGGCGGCGAAGAAAGCGGCCGAGGAAGCGAAGCGUCAGAAGUACGACGCGGCGAUCGCGGCGUAUGAGAUUCCGGUGCGAAAGAAGAAGUUCCCGCCGCCGCCCACGACGUUGAAGGAUUUUUUGGAGAACGAUCCCAGACUCAAAAAUGCGAGACCGCCGCCGUUUUUGCUCCCAGAGGGUGAUGUCAUGGACACGACGUCCGUGGCGUCUUCUGUGAGAACAUCCGACGCCUUCAGAGUGAGUUUGGUGUACUUUAGCGAGGAUGUCGUCAAGCAACACGUGCACGCGCUCCAGUACGCGGUGCGCCAAGCGCGGGCAAUCGAAUCGGCUCGCAAGGGCUUAGGCUUUUACGCCGAAUCGUACGUGAAAAAGGAGCUCAAGGCUCGAGGUUUGGAAGAAACUACGCUUUUAGAUUUUAGGACGAAGCCGAAGGAAGGGGAAGCGGUUCCAGACGAUGGCUACGGAUUACCGUCGGUGCUCAGGGUGGCGUGCGCCAUGGUCGGGCUUGACCCGAACAUAUCGACGCUCGCUGACUUGGACGAGAGCGACGUGGCAAUUCCAGCCGAGUAUAUCGAACGGUUAGGCAAGCGCGUUGAGUUCGAGUACAAAACCGACAGAAACAAAAACGGCAAACCUGACGAACCAAUAGAUUAUACUGACGAACGUACGUUUCAGCGCGCUUUGAGAGCGACGAAGCACACCGUGUUCACUCAAACGCACAUUCCAUCGUCGUGUUGGGGGUUACUGCGUGAAGUCCGGAUAGAUAUCCCAGUUCCACCGCAAAAGCGUGGUUUAGUUCUGAUCGAUGCGCCCGGUGCGGGCGAUUCCGAUCCCGCUCGAGACAGGCAUCUCGUCGCCGCUUUGCGCAACGCUGCCGCCGUUAUUUGCCUUGGCGACUCGCGUGAAGUCACGGGCGAUAUUGUGCGGUCGCUUCAUAAAAGUGGAUUUUUGCAGCAACUGGCGAUUCGACCAGCAACUAGACGUUUCAUAAAUGCCGUUCAAGGUGAUCGUAUUUGGGGAAGCACAGCGACAACUUUGAAACGUGCGAGCGCAUUGUUAAAGCGUAAACUCGGUAGAGAUGUCAGCGUGGAAGAACUUGCAAAAGAUUUCCCGCCAGUGGACGAAGAGAUUCAAUGGGCGAUCGAUCGAGUCAUCAACGAAAACACAGUAGAGAUAGCCACGGUCCGCCGCGCCGAGUUGCUGAAGAUGUUGAUGGAUCAAACCGGAAGUGUUCGCGAGCUCAAGCAGACAGCCAACGCCGUAAUUGCGGUAGCUUGGAAGUUCCUCGAGUUUCGUCUGUCUUGGGCCAAAGUUUUGGACCCUGAAAAGUUUGAUGUGCAGAGUAUCACCGGUCAUGGUUCUUUGAACGCCACUCUGGAGGAGCUCAAGCGGGCAAGACAGUUGAAGGCGAUGCGCCGCGUGACGCGACGAGUCCACGACGUACUCAAGGCUUUCUGCGUCGCCGCCGAACCGCUUUGUGCGCUUCCAACGUGUUCUGAUGAUUCUCUUCGUGGAUUUUACGAUGAUAUCGAGUUCAGAUUAGGCGAAGGUGGCGCUUAUGCGGCGAGAAGAGUGUAUGAACUAGCGCACCAGUUUUGCACUCGCGUCAUCGCGGUCUCGAUGAAAGUAGCCAUGGAGCCGCUUGAUAUUCAUGCCAUCAAGCACGGUCGCGCGGCAGUCGUGCGUGAGGUCUUGACGAAAAAUUUAAGGCCUGAGGAACGCAUCCAUGACAUUCGAACGCCAGCAGACGUGCGUGGAUUUAUCAUCGAGGCGGUGGAUUACUUUGGAAAGGUCUUGGAGGCAACUUUCUACUUCAACUUUAACGGAAAAAACACGCCGCAAAAGCCUCGAGGAUUAUUAUUCCAAGUCUGUGAGAGUGUCAAUGCUGCUUGGUGUCACUCUCUCGUCUCUGAUCAAAGUACUGGCGAAUUGAUGUUUGGCGCUUUGGUGAAAAAUCAGAUUGCGAGUCUCGCAGGCCCCGAAGAUGAUCCGAAGCGCGCCAUGAUGCGAGCGCUCUUCAAUUUAGCGCUAACUAAAUUCAAGUUGAGCCCGGCGCAUAGAUAUGCGUACAUGAAUUCAGCGAAAGUUGCUGGGGAGAGUACCACGCGUCUUUGGCUCGAAUGUACGAAGAACAUUCAAAUCGAGAUAAAUCGACAACUCAAGUCAGUCACCGCUGGUUUGAUGUGCGCCUUCCAUCCGUUGGACGAGACCACUGAAGUGCCGCCACCGGAGGGUGUCAGGGCGAUGAUGACGGACGUGAUUAACGCUAUAUCCCAUACAGCGUGCACGAUGAAUGAUCUCAUCAUCGAAAAGGCGACGAAAGAAAUUGAGAAAUUUUAUACGCCCUACAUUCUCAUCGCGAGCGAAGACGCCAUGCAAGCAUGCUUGACGUGUAUGAGUCCUUACGUGAAGAAACAAGUCAUGCCGGAAUUUAGAGCACGCGUUGCGAAACCUUCGAUGUUCACUGUGAUCUCGCCAGACGUGAAACUCGCGCAUUCACACAUGACGGUGACGAGUCUCAUCCUUGGCUCAGAGGCUCGCGAGCCGCUCUCCAGGGCGGAAAAGGCAAAGAAGCUGAUUGCGCUCUCAGAAAUCGGUGCGCUUCCUUUCCAGUUGACGAAACCGCCCGUCUUAAGUCCGGCUAUUACCGAUGCGAUCAAAGCUGCGGACGAUGGUAUCAAUGUUGGUUUAGAUGAAUUCCCUCUACAGAUACACAUGCCCGCAGAAGCGCCCGCGGCGCCGGAGAUGGAGGCGAAUGAAGAAGAGUCAAUCGAGGUGACGGAGCAACAAAUCGUCCCCGUCGAGGAAGACGAAGAUCAAAUCGAACCCGUCGAGGAAGACGAAGAUCAAAUCGAACCCGUCGAGGAAGACGAAGAUCAAAUCGAACCCGUCGAGGAAGAAGAACAAAUCACAGUCGGCGAGGAAGAAGAACAAACCACAGUCGGCGAGGAAGAAGAACAAAUCACAGUCGGCGAGGAAGAACAAACCACAGUCAUCGAUGACCGAGAGGAAUCGAUCCAAGGUACCUUGGUGCCGGACGCCGACCCCGACGUCGAUACGGACGAAAUCGAGGUGCAGAGUCCGGCACCGAUUAUCAAGUCGACGAAGGGGAACGCUCAGAUGGAGAAGGCGACUUCGCCGCAAUCGAAGUCCUCAACCCCGAUGAAGGAUGUCCAAACACAGACGGAAUACACUGCGUCAGCGAAACAGCCAACGGUAUCGGCAUCGCCGCGGCGCGAAAUCGCCGUGCAGACGGACGACUUUGGUGAGUCUCCGCGGCGCGAAAUUGCCGUGCAAACGUACGAUUUUGACGAGCCUGAAACCGCCGUGCAAACGGAAGAAACCGCCGAGCGCACUUCAUCGGAACCUUCUCCCACGACGCACGACGCAUCGCCCGUGGAAAACCCACCGCCGCAUUCCUCGUCCAAAUCAGACCUCACCGCGACGACGACGACGACGACGACGAACGCUGGCGAGCGAACGAAGAAGCGCAAGAUGAUGUGCGCGAACGAGCUCCACGCCAUGCCGAGCGUGGCCGCAAACGAUCCGCUCACUUUGGCGGUGAAUCCAGUUCCCGGUCCGCUCAUCGCGCUCACGUCCAAGAUCCCCACGUCUGACGCCAAGAAGCGCGCCAAAGCCGAGCGCGAUCGCGCCGACUUUUCUCCCCUCAAGCACACCUUUGAUUUCGACACCGACGGCGACAGCGACGGCGACGAACCGAGUCCACGGCCUCCCGUCGCUCGCAUCUUGAGGAAGCGCCCCAAGCGCGCCUUUUAA